GCAGCACACAGCGCAUAGCAGAUGUCGGUUGUAUGCUGCUCUUCCGCCACUGGCCCAGUUCAAAAAGAUUCAGCGAGGCGUGCGGAGGUGGAUGCAUGCACAUCUAGUGACUAGCGAGACUCUCUGGCUGAACGAAAACCACCUCUUUAUUUUUCGGCAUUAUUGAUUGUGCCGUGCCGCAGCCUCCGCCGAGAUGAAUCCGUGCCAUGUGUGCCAAGAGCCCACAAAGAACAAGUGCUCCAACUGCAACCAGGUAUCCUACUGCAGUGUCCAGCAUCAGAAGCGAUGGAAGACGCACAAGCCCAGCUGCCAUCCAUUCAAGAUCGCCCACAAUGAGCAGCUGGGCCGGCAUCUGGUGGCCACACGUACCAUCAAACCAUACGAGAUUAUCCUGAAGGAGGCUCCUCUGAUGCGUGGACCCGCCCAGAUUUCCGCCCCCGUUUGCUUGGGCUGCCUGAACUCCAUCGAGGCAGACGAUCACAUCGAGUGCGCGGAGUGUGGCUGGCCACUGUGCGGUCCUGAGUGCAAAUCCCUGGAUGAGCACAAGGCCGAGUGUGGCCUAACCAAGGCCCGGGGUGACAAGGUCAAUGUGAGUGAGUUCAACGGGCCACAUCCUCUCUACACUUGCCUAAGCACUGUGCGAUGUCUGCUUAUUGGCGAAACGAGUCCGGAGAAGGCGAGCAAGUUCCAGGAGCUGGAGUCACUGGAGUCCACCAGAAGGGGCUCCAAUCAAUGGAAGGCGGAUCUGGCCAGCAUUGGGCAAUUUAUACCAAAAUUCUUCAAGACCCAGAAAUUUAGUGAGGAAGAGAUCAUGCGAGCCGUUGGUGCCCUGCAGAUCAAUGGACACGAAGUGCCCAUAUCGGAUCCACCGCAUGUGGCUGUCUUCUACACCGCCUCCUUCACGGAAAACUCCUGCCUGCCGAAUCUGGCCAAAAGCUUUAAUAAGAAUGGUCACUAUUUGUGGGCACCGCGGGAGAUUAAGAAGAACGCCCACCUGAGCAUUUGCUACUCGGACGCCGUGUGGGGCACCGCCGAUCGCCAGCGCCACCUGAUGCAGACGAAGCUCUUCAAGUGCGCUUGCGUGAGAUGUGUGGAUAUCACCGAGCUGGACACCAAUUACAGUGCCAUCAAGUGCGAGGAUCGAAAAUGCGGUGGACUGAUGCUGCUCAAGGCGGAUGACUGGAACGGCAGUUGGCGGUGCCGUGAAUGCCACAAGCAGGUUCAGAAGCACUACGUGGAGCGCAUUUUGGAGCGAGCUGGUCAGGAUAUCCACAGCAUGGAAAAGAAUGUUGAAAGCGGUUUAAAAUACCUCAAGCACUAUGAAAAAUGGCUGCCGCCGCAGCAUUUCCACAUGAGCGAGGUCAAGAUCCUGCUAGUCCAAUUACUGGCCAAGGAUCAACAGGAGCUAAUGGUUAUCCCAGACGACCGUCUGCUUUUGAAACUACAAUUCGCUCGCGAGCUCAUUGAGUUGUACGAGAUAAUAACGCCGUGCGAAGUUCGCAUGCUCGGCACGCUUUGCUUCGAGUUGCACUCGGCUAUUGCCGAGCAGACCAGGCGCGUGGCCCUAGAAACGAACCUGUCGCAGGACCGACUGGAGGAAUCCCUUUUCUAUGUGGACAAGUGCGUCAAUUAUCUGCAGUACGAGUCGGAUAUCUUCGUUGAGGGUCACAUGCUCAAACAGGCCAAGAUUAAUCGCGAUGCCCUGCGCAUGGUCACCAGGAUCUCCUAAGCUAUCAGAUGAAUCGACUCCAAUCAAUGAAAGCCUGUAUUGAAAUUACCAAUAAAUUGCCUUA